AUGGCUUGCGCAGCACAUAUUUUAAGGCUCACCAGCAACGAUCGAACAGACCUGAAAGAUGCAGAAGAGUUGUAUCAGCAUGAAGCUGUCCAGCUGCUCAUCCCUAUAUUAGGGAAUGUUGAGUUCAAUAACCAAAACGAGAUUGUCUUUGCUGCAAUAGGAACUCUGCGCAUGUCCGAGCAAUGGGAAGAAUAUGUUGACCGACAAUAUCACCUUGUACCAAACUGCUUCAUUUCAUAUGGACCACCUAAAAAGUCAUCAACGGCUCAGGGUGGUUUGCUUGAGGUCACCUUCUAUGCUUAUAUCCGGGCGGAUAUUCGUAUGGCCAUUCUGAACAAGUGCUGCACCCGAAUGCAGCCAUCUACUUGGCCACUUGACACAAGUAUGCCUUCUUCUGAUGCGGACUGGGCUAAUCGCGCGACUUGGCUUCUUCUACAAACAAUCAACUUUUGCUAUGGAUACAAUAUUUCUGGUGUUCCUCCUCGAGAGGAACUCGAGGCUCUCAUUGACAGUUGGAAGGAAUCGAUUCCUGACGGCUUCAAAUCCUAUAUUCUACAACAAUCCAACAAUGAUUCAUUUCCUGUAAUCAAGCUACUAUCUCCCUGGCAUGUUGUUGGACUUCAAUUUUACCAUGCAUGCAAAAUAUUACUUGUUACCAACAGCCCAAUUCAACCGGCAUUCUGUGACAUCAUUUCGUUAACAACAAAUACAUAA